AUGUGCAAAACCAUGACCCGCUACAACCAGGUGACCUUUGGAGAUGCCGAGAUCUUUGUCGUGAACACUUUCCUCCAUGUGGGAGAGGUCACGGAGAAGAUGGAGGUCCACAGUAGUAUCUCUGAACCGUUGCCCUGUUCCCAUGAAGAGCUGGAUGAGGAGGUUCUUCCAGUGGCCUCUUGGAAGACCUAUGACUCGUAUGACGACUCAGAGCCCUUGGUGCAUAAGGUGUCCACCUUGGAGUUCUUCGAGAAGAUCAAUGCCUACAACACCAUCGAUGACACGCCAGUGGCCAGGCGCUCCACUGAGCCUCUGAUGGAAAGUAUUUCCACCUACGACUUCUUCGAGGAUGAGCCGAUGUUCGCCGACCCGCCUCAAGGAAACGUCGAGGCAGCUCGAGAAAGGGCCAACACCUUCGACCCCUUCGAGGACUCGCCCCGAGGUAUGGCUUGGGCAGAGCCACUGGCGCCGCCAGUGGGAAAGCUUUGCACCUAUGAUCCAUUUGAGGAUUCUGAGAUUCCCUGUGGCUGCCCAGAGCUCCUCUCAGUGCCACCUUGCCAUCAGCCUGAGAAGGCCGAGUGCGUGACGGCAACAAGCUUGGGUUGCAGUUGCACGGCACGUGGAGCUUGCACACCGUUGAUCACAUCCCGGGUGGAUGGUAAGGAGCAAGUGCGCUGGAAGGUGGACGGCCGGAAGUUGGAGUCGCAAGAGAAGCAAAUGUUAUCACCUGAGUUCGAGCUGGACUUGCCAAAGGUGGGGCCGACGCCAUUUCGCCUGAUGAUCCUCGCGAAGGAGACCAGAGGAAAGGGCUGCCGUGGCUUUCUGAAGGCCAAAGGAUGUGGACGGCUCUUCAUCAAAUGUGGAAGUUCUUCCUUGCCGGAAGGCAUUCAGCCCAUGGGAUUCCGCGUCACAGUGGGAGCCGGGAGCUCCGCAGAGAUCAAGGCAGUGGCAGCACAUGAGUUUUCGGAGCACCCUUGCUGCCCCCUCCAGAAGGACAAGGAGACUUGGGACCUUCUGGUCGCCAUAGAUGAAGCCACCAAACGCUUUGAGGUCUUGGUCGAGGUGCUUUGA